AUCUAUACAUAUCACACGCGUGUUUCUUUUUAAAUAGGGCAGAUCCUGAAGUUCUUAAAAAAGAAGAAACCUGAAGAUGCCUUUUGUGUUGUGGGAAUAACAAUGAUCGAUCUUUACCCAAGAGACUCCUGGAAUUUUGUCUUUGGACAGGCCUCUUUGACAGAUGGUGUGGGGAUAUUCAGCUUUGCCAGGUACGGCAGUGAUUUUUACAGCUCACACUACGAAGGCAAACUGAAGAAGCUGCAGAAGAAAUCUUCAAGUGACUACUCAGUUUUUGAUAAUUAUUACGUUCCUGAAGUGACUAGUGUUUUGCUGCUUCGGUCCUGUAAGGGACUAGCUGGCCGCGUCUGGAGACAUCUCUGGCUGUCACGGCGGGGCAGGGGAUGCUGCUGGCAGCUGGCGGGUAGGGGCCAGGGCUGCAGCUCAACACCCUACAGAGCCACGGAAGGUCCCGUCCAACGCACUUUAACCCAUGAGAUUGGACAUACCUCUGGACUUCGGCGCUGCCGGUGGCUCGCAUGCCUGAUGCAAGGCUCCAACCACUUGGAAGAAGCUGACCGGCGUCCCCUCGACCUUCGCCCCAUCCGUUUACGCAAGUUGCAGAGUGCUGUCGGCUCCCACCUGAAAGACAGAUACAAAGCCCUUCUCUGGAGGCGAUUUAUCAGAGGAAAUUAGUGCAAAGGGCCAGAGAGCAUGACUUUGCAGAGCAGAAUAAAUAUUGACAAGCGAGGCAAAGUUCAUGUUUUAAAACUAUGAAGGGACUUCCCUGGUAGUGCAGUGGUUAAGAAUGCGCAUGCCAGUGCGGGGGACGUGGGUUCCAGCCCUGGCCUGGGAAGAUCCCACGUGCCGCGGAGCAGCUGAGCCCGCGCGCCACAACUACUGAGCCUGCGCUCUAGAGCCCGCGAGCCACAACUGCCGAGCCCGCGAGCCACAACUACUGAAGCCCACGUGCCUAGAGCCCGUGCUCCGCAGCAAGGGAAGCCACCGCAACGAGAAGCCCGCGCACCACAAUGAAGAGUAGCCUCCGCUCGCAGCAACUAGAGAAAGCCUUCGCGCAGCAAUGAAGACCCAACACAGCCAAAAAUAAAUAAAUAAUUUACGUUAAAAAACCCCAAAAACUAUGAAUAUGUGGAAGUGAUUUAUCUUUCCACAUGUGGGACAAGGGUAUAUGAUAUUCAUUAGGAGGAAGGCAUGAUUUUAAGAAGGGGGGAAAGUAUCUAAUCUCGACGUGCAAGUGAAUGUCUGUGUGUCCACAAACAUAGCGACUGCAGUCCAUGUCUACACGUGUGUCUUCACAUAUGUAUAUCUGCCAUGCCUGUGUGUACACUUAACAGGUGUAUACAUAUCCCCGUCAAAUUACAACCGCGGUAUAAUGCCUUGUGGAACACUUAGCAAGUUGAGAAAAGAAAAUAAUUAUCCUCCCACCUUCAGAAAACUGUGAGGACUAAGUGUAAUUCUAAUCGUCUCUCCUGUGCCUCCUCCCGACUGUCCUGUGUGCUCACAGCUGGCGUGUUUCUGGUGCGUGCCCUCUGACAAGCAUGGUCUCACCUUCGUGACCAUCUUUAUCAAAUGGAACAUCUCCGUGGGGUAGCAUAAGUCACCGAUGUAGAUAACUUGAUUUGGAAGCUAAUGUUUUUCUCUUGCCUAAGUCUGUUUUGCUGGGCUUUGUUAAACGAUGAAUCUG